AACUGAUCUAAAUUUACUUGAAAGUAAAAACGAUGAACGUUGAUCAUCAGAUGAAUAUUCAAGUGAAUGAAACAAUAUUAUCAAUAGUGAAUAAUAAGUAACCAGAAAACCAGAAGAAUCAAAACAAACCCGAAACCAGAAUCAACUCGAAGUUAUUGAAACUCAAGUGAACCAUAAAUAUCAUGACUUCCGAAAGAAAAGUUCCAGUUCUAAGAUCAGAUUUCAAUCUGAUUGAUAAAGAGUUUGAUUCAAUUCGAGAUCGAUUCGAGGUGGAAAUGAAAAGAAUGGAGGAAGAAAUGAGUCGAUUUCGAUCACAAAUUCAGGAAAGAGAAAGAGACUUCUUUUCCACUGGACAUUUAACUCGAACCGAAUCUCCGACCAACAGACAUCGUCACGAAGUAACUUCAUGGCUCGACGAUUCAUCGCUCGUUCAUGAUACUCCCGAUGGAAAAAUAGUCAGAUUGAGAUACGAUGUUUCCCAAUAUGUUCCGGAAGAAAUUGUUGUUAAAACAAUCGAUCGACGAUUAAAGGUUCAUGCUGUUCAUGAAGAGAAUACUGAAAAUCGAAAAGUAUUCCGUGAAUUUAAUCGGGAAUUCCUCCUUCCCGAAGGUGUUAAUCCAGAGCAGAUUCGAUCGACUUUGUCCACUGACGGGAUUCUAACGGUCGAAGCUCCUUUGGCCGCGAUCGAAGGUUCAAACGAAAGACGAAUUCCGAUUGCGCAUAAAUGAAACAAUUAAAUUACUCUAAUCAUCAAUUUCGAUGCUAUUUAGAUUGAUCUUCUUUAUAUCAUCAUUUCGACGACAAUUAUAAUCACAAUUAGGAGGUUCGAGUUGACGAUUUUCAGGAUAACAAACAAAACUCUCAAAAUGUUUCUCGACGUUAAUUUUUUGAUUAAUUCUUUUGAUUUCCAUCGAACCAUUUUCUCAUUCAAUUAAUUAUCAUUAUUGUUAAUUAUCACUAUUAUUAUAAUUUCUGAAUAAUGAUUAAAUCUAAUAUUAUUUAAA